GCAUUGGCUCUGGAACACGAGCGCGAGCUCGACGCCGACAGCAGAAUGAAGUGGCCGAGGAGGCGCGCGCAGUGCGAGCGUGUUACUGAUAUUCCUGAACUUUACGCGAUUAUUUUCACAUCUGAACUGGACGACAGGCAAACAAACCGGUGAGGAGUCCAGCUGAUGGAUGAGGAUGAGGAUGGUGUGUGUGGGAAGGGUCAUCAGCGCUGGCCUUCCUCUCGCCUGCAGAUAAAGCCUUCAGAGACAGCAGGGCGUCCCGCUCGAUCACCCAACGGCAUGCUGACCUGUGGAGCGCACGAGCCCAGACUCUACGGUAACGCAGGAUUGCUACUGCUAGCGCCGCCCGGCCGCUCUCAGCCCGCAGACGCGGUUCGACAGGAGAACGAGCCGAUGGAUCCGCUCAGAGUCGAGACGCGCAUCGGACAGAAGCUCCAGCUGAUCGGAGAUCAGUUCUACCAGGAACACAUGAUGCGUCACAGAAACCAAAGGAACCAGGAGCCGCUGUGGCGGCGUGUGGCGAAUGCGUUCUACACACUCCUGUUCGGGAGAGACGCCGACGCUCAGGACAGGAGGGCGAAUCGCAGGUGAAACAAAAACUGCCAUCCGUGUCCCAGUCCACAUCACGGAGCGGGACGUUCAACGGCACUGUCUGGUAUCUAACACGGGUUUUGAGGGGGAGAGAACGAAGAGCCUCCGCAGGACGGGGGACGGUUUUUUAUGGCAACCUCUUUUCCCCCGACGAAGAUGCCAUGAUGUUCUUGAGAUUCUAACAGGAAUAUUUUCAUAAACAUGUUGAGGUAUUUUGUACAGUAUGCUGUUCGUGUUUAAGUUUCUUUGCACUUCCGUACGUGUAUUUGAAUGAGCUUCACGAGUCUUGGGAACGCCUUACCGUCCCACGCCACCGCCGAAGGGAACGGGUGAAGAUUCGGAUACUUUUCCUCCAGAAAUCUCCCAGGACGUCACUUACAAAUCUCCAAAGAGGCCGUUUCUCUGAGAAAAAAAAAAAAAAAGCUUUU